AUGGCUAUGGAUGAAUUUCAGGUCGCUGUUCAUCAGAGGAAGCUGUCAGAGGCCAUUUCUAUGACAAAUGCAAAACCGCUGCAGUAUUUUAGCAACACGCUGCUCAAUGUCGCCGUGGUGGGUGAACCAGGCUCAGGAAAAUCCUCCUUCAUCAACAGCAUGCUGGGCAAAUGCUCCGGUGACCCAGGUGCUGCAGAGACUGGCAUCCAAAUGACAACGAUGAAGGCCAGGGAUUACCCACAUCCUACGCUGCCGCAAGUCGUCCUCUGGGACCUGCCCGGGAGAGAAGAAUCUUUCGGCUCCCACACCAAUCAAGAGGACCUGAAAGCCUAUGACUUCUUCAUUAUCGUCGGCUACCAGCGCUUCCGGACCAUCCACGCUGAACUGGUCCACGACAUCCAGGCGAUGGGCAAGAGGUUCUACUUUGUACGGGCCAAAACGGACCUUGAUGUGCAGGCAUCCCGAAGACGGCAACCAUCAGGCUAUGACGAUGAGAAGGUCCUCCAACACAUCAAGGAGGACUGCACGGCCUGCUUGCUGAGAGAAAAUGUGAAUGAUCCCCAAGUCUUCCUGGUGUCCAACUGGGACGCCCAGAGCUUUGACUUCCCCCUCCUGCGGGAGAAGCUGCAGAGCGACCUCUUGUGGCUGAAGAAGGAAGCGUUCAUUUUCAGACUGCGUUCCCUCUCGAAAUCUGUCUUGGAGAACAAGGGGAAGAAUUGGCUCACAGUCUUGUACUCGUGGGUUUGGGGUUUGCUGUGUCUGCCAGUGCUUUUGUUCGAGGCUGCCGUGUUCUUCCUUGGGGGGUUCCGCUCUCAGUGCUACCAAUUCUUUGGCCUGGUUAGAGCUCUGGCCAUUGACAAGCCAGUGGCAGUCUUUCAGGCAGUGAUGGACUUAUUUUUUACCAUCUACCAUCUACUAUGUAGAUGCCUAACAGCCAUCACCAACUAUAUCCCAAACAUCCUCUCUAGAGUUCUGAAAGGCAAAGAGAAGAUGUCGGUCUAG